AUGGAAUGUCAAAAUCAAGUCGUGCAGCCGGGCCCUGGGCCAGGUGACGUCAGCGCGCCAGGGCCGCGGCGGGGCAAGACGGGCCCCGCGCCAGUGUCGCGCGCGCCGUCAGUCUGGCCGCACGCCGCCUCGCUGCCCGCGCCCGCACCGCCGCCCGCUCGCCCCCGCGCCACCACCGCUCACCCUCGCGCACCCUCGCUCCCGACGCACCACCCA